AUGUUCAAAUCAAUCGACAGUGCACGUUCCCGUUGGAGUCGCCACAAGACUAAGGAUAAUUCAGGAAGCAGCCCUAAUGGUUCCAGCCCGGGGACGGUAUUGCCAGUGUACCAAGCCAGAACCAUAAACAGUGCAUUUUUUGGAGACUCGGGAACGGUUUCUGAGGGGACUGAAGACACAGAGGAGACGGUUCCUGUCACGUACUGGAAUCUUGUGCACGAGGAAUUUACCGCCAGCGAAAUAUCCAUCAUCAAGCAUUGCUGGUACCACGGAGCAGUCGAAAACGGGUCUACAUCACCCUCCAGUGAGUCUUCUGCAUCGACCUUGUACCAGCCUGAAGUCUCCUCCAACGGUCCGUCCCCUAUCUCGCAGAGAAGCUUCAAGGAAUGUCUUUCAUCCGAUCAGUUCUGGGAAACGGUGUAUCUGCGUUUAGGAGAAACGGAGCCAGAGCUCGUUACGCAUUUACCUCGGUACACCCAUCAAACCACAGCCAUCAAUCUGAUUGUCAACUUGACCAUCUCAAACUUGGAAAAUUUACCCAAGGUUCAAGACUACCUCGUCAAAUUGGGUCGGGCUCACGAUAGACUCUACAUUCCGGAUCCCAUCCACUUAGGCUUCAAAAGAAAACAGCAACUUCCUCUGGGUACUGAUAGGAAGAGCACAAUAUUGAUCAUGAGUCGGAAAUUGGGUACAGUCAUUUUUGCAUGCCUUGAUGAGUACUGUCUGUUGAAAUCCAUCUCCAUUCCGUCGGCGUUGUACGACUCAGAAAAACCGAAAGGCCAGCUGGCCGAAGACUUUUUUCGCUGUAAAAGACAGACCCAGUACCAAGAGUUAUUUGAUGUGUACAACAGAAUUUGGCGCUUCAUUUGCCGCUCCAUGGUUGUCGGGCUUGAUUCCAAUGGGGUGAUACAACUAGCCGAUAAUGAAAUGCGUUUGCGUUCGUCAUUUGCUUCCUGA